AUGAACAAAGUCAAAAUUAUUUUAUCCUUAGCUGCUAUUUUUAGUUGGAAUAUCCAACAAUAUAAUGUGAAGAAUGCCUUUCUUCAUGGGGAUUUUACUGAUGAAGUAUAUAUGUAUUAUCCACCUGGUUAUGGAGGAAAUUUAUUUUCUAACUUGUUUAUAGACUAAAAAAGUCAUUGUAUGGACUUAAACAAUCUCCACGUGCAUGGUUUGAGAGAUUUUCUACUGUCAUGCGAAAAAUUAAUUAUUGUCUUAGUAAUGCUGAUCACACAUUAUUUUUCAAACAUACUUCAUCAGGGGGAGUUACUAUACUCUUAGUUUAUGUUGACGACAUUAUAAUUACUAAAAGUGAUGACAUUGAAUAGGAAAAUUUGAGCAAAUAUCUUGCCAAGGAACUUGGUAUCAAGACUUUGGGUUGUCUUAAAUAUUUUUUAGGUGUUUGAGGAAACUCAUUCUUCUAAGGACGUAUUCAUCUCUCAACAAAAGUAUGUGGUAGAUCUUCUAAAGGAUACUAGAAAGUAUGGAUGCAAACCAGCUAACACCCCCCUUGAUCCUAACCACAAACUUAGUGUUGGUGAAGGGGAGGAGUCUAUUGAUCGAGAAAUGUAUCAACGUCUUAUUGGAUGAUUGAUAUAUCUCACACAAACUAGACCUGACAUCUCAUAUGCAGUUAGUCUCUUAAGUCAGUUCAUGCAUCAGCCAACUAAAUCCCAUCUUUAUGCUGCAUAUUAGGUGUUACACUACUUAAAGGGAACUCUUGGAAAAGGCAUUAUCUUCAAAUGUGGUGAUAAAGUAAUAGUUGAGAUGUAUACUGAUGCUAAUUAUGCUGGUUCUCCUUUAGAUCAUCGGUCAACUUCAGGUCUUAUGAUAUUUAUGAGAAGAAAUUUGGUUACUUGA